AUGGCGGCUCCACUAGAUCGCACGUCCCCAACGACAGCUGCCUGCGUGAUCGCCACGGCCAUUGUUGCCGGCGUCACAGGAUACUUCAUCGGGCAAGGCGCCUCGCUGGGCCUUUUCAGAGAGAAACAGGGCUGGCCCAACGGCUACGAUGUGAAGGUCCACAAGGACUCCUCCGACGAGGAAUUUGAGGGAGAAGACUCCGAGGACGAGGAGAGCGACGAGGAGGACGAAGGCAACGGUGAAGAACUGGCGUCCUUCAAGGAGAACGAGGAGGAAGUCAAGCUUGUGCUGGUCGUGCGGACAGAUCUGGGCAUGACCAAGGGUAAAAUCGCCGCCCAAGCUUCCCAUGCUACCCUCGCCUGCUACAAAUACUUCAUCACCCACCAACCCGAUUCCCCCAUCCUGCGCCGCUGGGAGCGUGGCGGUCAGGCCAAGAUCGCGCUGCAGAUCAAGUCGGAGGAUGAGCUGCUGUUGCUCCAGGCGCAGGCGAUGAGCCUCGGGCUCUGCGCGCGCGUUAUUCAGGAUGCUGGGCGCACGCAGAUUGCCAGUGGUAGUCGCACUGUGCUGGGUGUUUUGGGACCUAAGAGCGUUGUUGAUGGGGUGACGGGACACUUGAAGUUGUUGUAA